GGUCCCGCGGCAGCCACUGCCGACAGGUCCUCCGCGGCCGCCCCCAUGGCCUCUCCGGCCGCCCCUAGCCCCGGGUCCUCAGGGGGCGGUGGCUUCUUCUCGUCGCUGUCCAACGCGGUCAAGCAGACCACGGCAGCCGCGGCCGCCACCUUCAGCGAGCAGGUGGGCGGCGGCUCUGGGGGCGCAGGCCGCGGGGGCGCCGCCGCCAGAGUGCUGCUGGUCAUCGACGAACCGCACACCGACUGGGCAAAAUACUUCAAGGGGAAAAAGAUCCAUGGAGAAAUUGACAUUAAAGUAGAACAGGCUGAAUUCUCUGAUCUAAACCUCGUGGCUCAUGCUAAUGGUGGAUUCUCUGUGGAUAUGGAAGUUCUUCGGAAUGGGGUGAAGGUCGUGCGGUCUCUGAAGCCGGACUUUGUGCUGAUCCGACAGCAUGCCUUCAGCAUGGCGCGCAACGGAGACUACCGCAGUUUGGUCAUCGGGCUGCAAUAUGCUGGAAUCCCCAGUGUUAAUUCUUUGCAUUCUGUGUACAACUUCUGUGACAAGCCCUGGGUGUUUGCCCAGAUGGUUCGACUGCACAAGAAACUGGGGACAGAGGAAUUUCCACUAAUCGAUCAGACCUUCUACCCCAAUCACAAAGAGAUGCUCAGCAGCACGACAUACCCGGUGGUGGUGAAGAUGGGGCAUGCGCACUCUGGGAUGGGUAAGGUCAAGGUAGACAACCAGCACGACUUCCAAGACAUCGCAAGUGUCGUGGCACUGACAAAGACAUAUGCCACUGCUGAGCCCUUCAUCGACGCCAAAUAUGAUGUGCGUGUCCAGAAGAUUGGGCAAAACUACAAGGCCUAUAUGAGGACGUCAGUGUCGGGGAACUGGAAGACCAACACCGGCUCUGCCAUGCUUGAGCAGAUUGCCAUGUCCGACAGGUACAAGCUGUGGGUGGACACAUGCUCGGAGAUUUUUGGGGGACUGGACAUCUGCGCAGUGGAAGCACUACAUGGAAAGGAUGGAAGGGAUCACAUCAUUGAGGUGGUGGGCUCCUCCAUGCCGCUCAUUGGCGACCACCAGGAUGAAGACAAGCAGCUCAUCGUGGAGCUUGUGGUCAACAAGAUGGCUCAGGCCCUGCCCCGGCAGCGACAGCGUGAUGCCUCCCCUGGCAGGGGCUCCCACAGCCAGACUCCAUCCCCAGGGGCCCUGCCCAUGGGCCGCCAGACCUCCCAGCAGCCCGCAGGGCCCCCGGCUCAGCAACGACCCCCACCACAGGGCGGCCCUCCACAGCCGGGCCCAGGCCCCCAGCGCCAGGGACCCCCAUUGCAGCAGCGCCCGCCCCCGCAGGGCCAGCAGCACCUUUCAGGCCUUGGACCCCCGGCUGGCAGCCCCCUGCCCCAGCGCCUACCAAGUCCCCGCACUGGGCCACCCACCACGCAGCAGCCUCGACCUAGCGGCCCAGGCCCCGCUGGACGUCCCACCAAGCCACAGCUGGCCCAGAAACCCAGCCAGGACGUGCCACCACCCGCCACCGCUGCUGCCGGGGGACCUCCGCACCCCCAGCUCAACAAAUCCCAGUCUCUGACCAAUGCCUUCAACCUUCCAGAGCCAGCCCCGCCCAGGCCCAGCCUUAGCCAGGACGAGGUGAAAGCUGAGACCAUCCGCAGCCUGAGGAAGUCUUUCGCCAGCCUCUUCUCCGACUGACACCCUACCCUGAGAACCCCAAAAUCCCUGGGCAACCCUUCUCUGGGCCCUGAAUCCAUUUCUCACUUUUGGAAUCUCCAAAUCCCUUGAGAACCCCUGUCCUGGUUCUCCAAGAUCCCACUUCUCAUUCCUCAAGACCCCCAGGUCCCUUGAGAAACCUCACUCCUGGCCCUGAAUUCAGUUCUCACGUUUGGGAUCCCCAAGUCCUUUUAGAAACCCACUCGUGAUCACCUCAAGACCUACUUCUCAGUUUUAGAACCUCCAAAUUCCUAGUUUCCCUUCCUGGAAGCUCCCAAAUACCAGGCAACCCAUUUCUGGUCCUGACACCAGAUGCCCCUCCUGGAGCCCUGAAGUUCCUGGAAAACCCUAUUCCUGGUCCUGAAUCUUUCCAGCACACCUUGUUCACCAUCAAAUUUCCCAUAUCCUGAAGAAACCCCUACUUUUGAGCCCCUUCCUAUGGAUCUCCCAUCUCUCUGGAGAUCCACAUCUUCAAACGCCACCCACCACCCAGCCCCACAAGGAUUUCCCUUCACCCACUCCCCUCAACCCCAUUUAAUACCUUGGGAGCUCUUCCCACUUCCAGGACCCCUAGGUUCCCCCAGGGACCCCCUCCCCAGUUUCCUGCCUCUGACAGCUGUCUUUAAAUAUGCAAACUCCACCCAUCUUCCCAGAAUCCUUUGCACAGGGAAGGCCAGUGGUCUCCUGCUUCCCCACCUUUGCCGUGAUGUCUGUGUCUGUGACUGACGUGGCCUCCUCUUGUGCCGUGCUUGGCAUAUGUGGUCCUCGUUCAUCGUGCCGCCUGUGGUGAUGCGUGCAGUGACGCUGUUUAUGUGGUCCGCACCUCCCCCCAACAUCCACUCCUUGCCUGGAUUCACUCCCACCCCUCAGCGGCUCUGAACCCCAAGAGAAGAGUCGGGAAACAAAAUAAACAAGCAAAGGCCCAGCA